GGGCUCGUUUAUAUCUGUUUUUAUUAUUAUUAUGAAUGUGUGUUUCGCACGUGCGCUGAAAAUUCUGAAAACUCUUGAGAGUGACGUGGGAUACCUUUGAAGAAAAACUCUGCGCAGUUUUAAAAGAAUUUUCCGUUGCACCGAGAGGUACUUUGUGCCACAACUUUUCCUACAGCAACUCGUCGCGCGGAGAAGCGAUUCGUUGAGUCUAUUUUAAAGUGCUGACUUCCCUCAUUGCAACGAGGAGACAACUAAUUUUCUGGAUCAAUUGUUCCUCGCAGUGUUACCUCAGCAAAUAACGUCGCGGUGAAUUGCACGUUUUUGGUUACGAUUUCCGGGAAACUGCCUCGCUCGAUUUCGUAUUUACCUAAUGUGCUUUCGACGUAUAAAUCCGAAGGUAUGUGCUCGGAAGAUGCUUCGAAAUCCGGUGGUAUAACCGCUGCACACAAGCUCACAGGUGCACGAACGUCGAGAUGGAUAUUUGGGAUUCUUCGUCUCUCUCUUUUUCUCUUCCCCUCGUCCCUUCUUUCGCGUCCGAUUUUUCUUUUGGCUUAGACGUCUCUCGCUCCCGAGUUUGGGUUAGGUCGGAGCGGAGCUUAACUCGAAAGCUCAUCGCGCCGUGCGUGUAUUUCGUCAACGAAAUGAUUGCUAUAGCGUGCGAUAGUAUAUGCUCAUCGCGCCAACUCUUUCGGGCAAUGGUCCAUCCGUUUUAGUACGAUCGCGUCGCCCCGAGACGUUCGAUCUUGGUCGCUCGUUAUCAUCGCGUUUGGGAGACCGAUCGGGGUGCGCACGCGCGCGUGUUUUUAAUCGGUGGGAAAACGCGGUGUGAUGGUGGGUUGGAAAAAUAGUUGGAACUCGGAGAAUUGAAGGUAGAAAAUAAGGGAAGCCCUGCAGCGGGCUGUGGACAUGCGCGCCGUCUCGAAGGCAACUCGCCAAAUCGUCGAAUUCGAGGAGCUCGUAUCGCGUCUUGAUCGUAUAAACGAUCAUCGGAAUACGACUGGUGGAAGCGCGUCCACGUCGUCGUCGCUGUCGUCCGCAUUGCCUCAGCUCCCCUCGUCCUCCUUGGCCAAGCCGAGCUUUCAUCAGCAAUCUGCACCGACGGACUCUCUCGAGCUUCCUCCCGUCGAGGCUCGUUCAUGUUACGAGACGGAUUCAAAAACUAGAAACAUUGACCCGUCGAGCACGAGGUUGACCGCGACGGCGACGAGAACGGCUGCGACGAACUACCCCGCGGACGCGCCCUCUUCCAACCCUCAAGAUCCGCGCCGCUCGCGACAAAAUCAUCGUCGACGAUCAGUCACCAAUUCGAAGCCUCUCAACAGCGCAUCCUUCAAUCAGGAUUUAUUCCUCUAUACUCCCGGUGAAAAUUACGAGCCCAGCAGGUCCCACCCGAACUCACAAGUUUCUUCGAUCCCCACCAACUCCUCGGGCUCUUCCUCCCUCUCUUCCUAUUAUCCGACUUCAUUGGCUCACAACAACGAACGUUCCUCGAGCUUUCCUACCGACGGUACAAACUACUCGGGCUCUUACUACGACCUCAAGACUCACCGAUCCCUCCAACAGCACCAGGAACAUCCGCUGCCCCUCGACAAUCCCCGGGAAAAACGCGUCCGCGUUAACAUCGGCAUCGACGAGGACUUACGAAUGAUUCUUGAGAUGGACCCGUCGAUCGUCGAUCGGCAACCACCGAGCCCACCCCCCGUUCCACCCCGACGACCGCCCCCGCCCCCACCGCCCCUCCCGACUCGAUCUUCCCUCGCGAGCUCCUCACCCAACUCUUCCAAAAGUUCCCUUCUCAAUUCCAAUCUCACUUCGUCCCCCAAUCAAAAUCUCGAUACCCGCAUUCAGCCUGAUGGAAAUGCCGGAUUAAUCGCUUCUACCGCACCGACAACCCCGACAACCUCCACCACUAACGCGACCCUCGCUGUCGUUGGACGUCCACCGCGUGCUACUCGACCUCAAGGCUGCCCACCGACGUUCAAAACGGCGACGCCAACGUCGCGGACACAACUCAAGCUACAAUUGAUGCGCGAACAAUUGCAAGAGCAAGAGAGAAGGGAAGCUGAAUUUAGGCAAAGUUUACAACAACACAGACCAGCGGCUGCACCACCGAGGCCCGUACCACCCGCACCACUGCCCACGAUCGGAGUCGACGUACCACCGCAAGUCUUGCAAGUGCGAACUCUUCUGGAGAAUCCGACGCGGUAUCACGUCGUGCAAAAACAGAAGAACCAAGUCAGGCAAUAUUUGCACGAAUCUUUUCGUGGCGCGGAAAACGAUGAGACGAACGGCCUGCUCCCCGAGGGGAGCAUUGCAAGCGGAAUCAGUGGUAAUACGAGCCUCGAUACAGGACCAACGUCGCAGGUGCAGCCGAUGCUUGUGCAGAGUGCACCACCGGGGCCGGUGGUUCAUCAACCAAAACCGCAGCAUCCUCAUCUCGAAUCUUACCCUCGCGUCCCCGCGCUGCUUGGACGCGUCACCGGCGUCGCUUCGGCCAGCCCCGAUCCCAUCAGUGGCGCCAUGUCACCCGGACUUUCAAGCGUCGCUACCAGCAACUCUGAGGCGGAAGAUCUGCUUGACGAUAUCCUGUCGUUCGAAGCUGGCUCGCUCGGGGACGGCCUCAAGGAAGGCCACUCCGGCAGUCUCAGCAGCCUUCCAGAUCUGCAGAUCAAACCAGAACCUCUUCUUCUUACCGAUGCUGAAAUUCACGCCCUCGCCAAGGACAGACAAAAAAAGGACAACCACAAUAUGAUCGAGAGAAGAAGGAGAUUCAACAUUAACGACAGAAUCAAAGAGCUCGGGACACUGCUACCGAAAACCAAUGACCCAUAUUACGAGAUCGUGAGGGACGUCAGACCGAACAAAGGUACGAUAUUAAAGUCCUCAGUGGAAUACAUAAAGUUACUGAAGAAUGAGAUAACGAGGAUGAAGCAGAGCGAAUCAAGGAACAAACAUCUCGAGCACCAGAACCGUAGACUGUUGCUGCGCGUCCAGGAACUCGAGCUGCAAGCCAAAAAUCAUGGUCUUCCAAUAACGGAUUUCAACUGGGCCUCAACGUCUGUCGGUGUCGUUAAUUCUUUUCCCAGAAGUAAACACGAUCGACGGAAAAUCAACCAGAUGCCGGAUGUGGUAACCGAGGAAGCACUGAGCAUGGCCCAGUUCGAGGAUCUGAUGGAGGACGACGCUGGUGGUCCGGUACAUGGCGGUGAUCCGAUGCUGUCGUCUCCACACCUACCGCCGUUGAGCCCACCGGCUCCGGCUUGUCAUCAUCCCUUGCCUGACGAGGAUACCCUCGGUAGUUUAGCCCUCACCACGUCCAAUUCUUCCACCUCUGACAUGGACAUAGUCGCGUAGCCACGAGCGUUCCCUCCUUUCUGCGAACCGCGAGGAGGAACAUUUCACGCGUCCUUUGUGUUCCCCCGCUCCUGAACCGUCCCUUUCCCUGGAUCCAUUGAUAAAUCGUCACGACCAAGCGGUACUUUAAACUCGAGUUGUUAAAUGAGGACCGGCGACCGAUGAAGAUGUGGGCCAAGAUGGACGCGCGUCGGAGAAGCGACCUGAAAAGGAAAAGGGUCGCGAGGGUGAUUGGUGGACGGUGGAGGGCCGGGGCUGGAUGCUCACGACGAGAGAAGAGGGAGGAAGCUGUCGAUGUCGCAGUGGCAAUUUUCCGGUAAAUCAACUUGCCAUUAUACGAGGUUCGAUUCCGCCGGACACACCUGAUAGCCAGAAUACUCGAGCUUGCAAAAUUCAAUCCUAAUUAUACCAAAUAGUUAAGUACACAAAGUUGGAGAGUCAAGAAGUUCGAAGCGAAGCAUUUCGUCGCUCGUGAUUAUACGGAGGAUCGUUAUCCCUGACGGAUUUAAGUGAUUGUCGAUAUAUGAUUAUAAUUUAAUCGGAACGACGUCGAGAUUCUACUCCUGCACGACUUAUUGGGGGAGAGCUUCCAAUCGCGUGCUCAUACCCGUUCCGUAGGCGUUGUCAUACCACGACGGAGAACGAGUUAGGCUUCCCUGGGAAUACUUGCGCGCCCCGUCGAUGGAGAAGCGUCUGACGGAGAAUUGGAUCGGGGAUAUAUGCUCCCGAAGAUAUCGGACGUCAAGAGGCACUCGUGAACGAACUCUACAGAAUCGAGUGUUCACUACGCUCGCAGAUGACCGAGUACCUUCAAGGGUACACGUGGGUGGUAAGGGAGUGGUCUGACCGUACAUUCUCGGUGAUUGGACUUCUCCCAUCGAGAGAUACUCUUCAACGCCCUUCUCAUGCGAAAAAAACAACUUCUGAUCUCUUUCCUUCGACGAUAUUUUCCAUUGAGUACGAGCCACUCGUCGGGGCGUCCCCGCCGCUCAUGUCCGGUACACACCGGCGGAAAUUUCCUCGUGCCCCUUUCUCCCUUCGCCCUCUCCCGGGAUUCGUCCAGACGUCGGAUCGACCUCUCGAAGUGAGCAGGAAAAACAACCGGACAAACACGAACACUCGGACUCUUCAAGAGACUCGUGGGCUCGAUCAUCUCGUCUGAGGAGAAUCACUACAUGUUUUCUUCUCUUUUACUUUUCUUUCAACCACAAGUUUCGUCGAUCCCUCCCGGCCCUGCUCCAGGCACAUUCCGGACCAUCUUCCUCGCAGCUCUUUGCGCGCUGGUCGCGCUAACAACACUCGAAUCAGACCCGAGCCAAUUGGACCCAAAAUUGGAUGGCAUGAAAAAACAUCUCGUGGAAAAUUGGUCAACUCUCUUCGAAGCCCUGCACCCCUGCUAUCGUCGGGCUGAUCGUACUCUUUAUUGCCUCCCGAGGAAAACCAUCUGGUACGCGUCAUGUAAAUAUUAACUAGAACACUCGUACCGCUAACUAUGAUUCUUCCUCGAGCCCCAAGCCUCCCGACGAUUUAUGACAAUAUUUAUACACGCCUACGGUACCUGCAUGUCUCCGGAUCAUAACGCCGGCAAUUCAACCGAAUGUGAACAUUUUCUCUUCGACAAUAAAACCAGAAAGCUAAUGUAUCGCGAGUUUAAUGCCUCUUUGUUAUCGUCACUCCGGUCUAAACAAAAUAUGUGCCAUUUCGCUUCAACUCAAACAUCCUCUGGCCAGAGCUACUUCGAUUCUUCUCAUUCUUUUGCUAUUUUUUCUUACUCCCGUUGCACUAUUCGCUGUACUUUCGAGGGUAACUUUACAUCGAGAUUCCGAGGCAAUACUUUGCAGUAUUUUGCUACGGAUAUUACCAAAUUUUCAAAAGUUUCAACGUACUCGAAAGUGCGAUUUGCCUUUUGCUCUAAGCUGCAGGACAAAAGUGUCCAAAUUUUGUCUCACUUCAUUAUUCCAAUGCUUUCCUCCAGCAUGAAUUCUUUUUCCGAUCAUCAUUUUCGUGAGACUCCAAAAAAAAAAUAUACGAAUGGAGCUUUCCACGAAUGAAAAUGCAGUAAAAAAAUUGGAUUGAUCGAAGUUGCUCGAACUCUGAGUUCUUUGGACUUAUAAUGCCUGAUAUGUAACUGCUCCAAAUCCUCCGCAAAUACUGUCACGUUGCAGAACACAGACGUAUUCUGAUCUCUAAAACACGGAUAUCACGUACAAUUUAAUACGACACAGCUAGCAAUAAAUUCAGCGAGUUUCGAAAGUACUAAAUGUUAUCACAGUGCCUGGAUUUGUCCCGAGCAGAGAAAAUUUUCCAGCACAAGAGGACAGUAAAAAAGAGAAGAUUUGUAUUUGUAGCAAUUGGUGGAGUCAGAAGUUCUGCUCAUUGAAAUUCGGCCUUGAAGAAAUGGCAGGUUCAUCGGAACAAUCAAUAGCAAAAGUGUAAUUCGUUGUAGAUUUUCAUGAUCGAAUUUGCCUCAUAAAAAUCUAUUCUCUGGACUAAAAUGAAAGUAAAACUGGAUAAGAGAAGAAAAAGUAAUUCGUAGAAAAAGCCGAAUGAUUCAGAGCGAAAAUGACCCCAUCCGGGUACGAAUAUGUGGCAAGUUUGGUCGAGAAUGUUCAUCGAGAUGAGAAUCCUCAUCGGGAUGACCUCGAGUCUUAAUAACAAUGUUAGAAAAUCAUUUUCACAGACAUUCGAGAGAGAGAGAGAGAGAGAGAGAGAGAGAGAGACAGAGAGAGAGAGAGAAAGAUGCUCACUCGUUUCAAGUGUACGUGUGUGAGUAAAUGCGUUUGCUUCGAUGAGCGACAAACGUUACGAUUAAUACGACUCGUUUGAGGAACGACGAGUGCAAUGAGCGAAGAACGUUUAUUUUUCUCUCUCUCUCUCUCUCUCGCUCUCCCUCGUCGAUGGAAUACUUAUUUGUCGUCCAAUGCAAUGGAGUGAAGCAUGAGGAGAGAAAACAAAGAGAAGGCGGCUGAGAGAGAGAGAGAGAAAAGGGGACUCUACGAGUGUAAUUUAAAUUAAUAAUUUACACGCGUGCCUUCGAUGCGUACGCGUCGGUUAGUGACUCGUGGAACGAGGCCGAUUACGCGUUUCCAUGCUAACCUCGUCGGCAGUUGUUUUAUUUUAUUUUAAUUUUUUUCUUUUCUUAUUUCGUUUUGUUUUUUCCAGUCUCUCUUGCACCAACUCUCGUGCAUUCUUUCUCUUUCUCUCGGCUGUUAUUUCUCUUUUUUUUUCUCCCCGAGUUGAGCUCCUACUUGGCCCAAGUGCAUGAGCUAUAUAUUUAAAAAAACGUUUACGGCCGUGGAAGCCAAACGACGUCAUACAUUAACUCGCACGAUAAUCCAAUUCCGCGAGCAUCUCUCGUAUUUGCCACACUCCCACACAGUGGAGCCACACACACACACACACGCACACGAACAAACGAAUACCGAACACUGUGGAAAUCCAGUGAAUGCAAACAGUCGAUUUGACGUGAAUUAUUCGCAAUUUGGAGAGACUAGAAAAAUAAACAAACGAAGCAACGCAAAGUCAAUAAUUCCAGGAUCCUACACGGAAAUUCUACGAAAGGAAUGCGAUUCUUUUUUAUAAAUGUUUUUCCUCGCGCUCCUGGAAUCUGAGCGCGAAAUAUUUUUCAAUCGCACACCCCUUUUUAUAGAGCAAAAUCGAAACGAUGCUCAAAACCGUUUAUUUCUUUUCUUCUUUUCGAAUUUACUCUUUCCGUAGUGAAAUACGAAUUUUGAUGUUCAGAAUAUUAAGUUUUGAUACUCGAAUGAAAAUUCGCGGCGCAACCAGCUUGACGAGAACAAAUGGCACGCGCACUAAAACGAAACCCGCGAGGGAUUGUAAAAAAUUUAUACAUACGACGCUUAGUGUAGGGGAAAAAACAUAUUUUUUAAGUAUUUUACACUCAGGUAGCUCAACCGAGUGAACGUCGACGAAAAUUCAAUCACGAUUUGUGCCUAUUUUUAUUUAGUUUUAUUUUUCGAUUAGAACAACUACCCGGGGGAUCGCGUCAACGAAAAAUCGUCAUGAAUAAACGAGAUUUAUUUUUUGAUAAAUUAUCGUGCAAUUUUACCAAUCGAAUGUUCGUCUGUUUUCAGACAUUUAUAUAUUUUGAGGAUGAAGCUAUAUUUCAAUUCGCUCUCCGAUCUCGCGCGAAUAAUUAACGGAUUCAAUAUUGGAGCGUCGCAUAUUUGAUGGAAAUAAAUGAUUCGUUAAAUUGAAAUCCUCCAUCGAGAUGAAACGAUACAAAGGACGAUGAAUUUUCUCAUAUUUCAUCAUGAUUUUUCGUCGAUGCGAUAUAUGAAAACCAGUUUGGAGGAAUUGUUAGUUGAAAUAAUAUUGCGAAUAAUUGUUUUAUUCGUACGGUGCUGAUUCGCCUCGAGAGUUUCUCACGAAUAAAUACUACGUGCGAACGAGAUAAAAUGUGGAGUUGCAGAGAAUUGAAUGGGAUCGAAGGCGAGCCCCGGAAAUAGCAGGAAAAAGGUGGAGCAAUGUCGGCUCGCGAUUAGCCAAGGAGACGUUAAAGUUUGUAUAGUUUAUAUAUGAACGGGAGAAAAUAUUCUGUAUUACGAAAUAAAAUGCGAAGAAGAGAGCAAGGAAUACGAUAGUUUUUAAGGCGUUACAAUAAUUUGUUGAUCGUGCGUUAUUCGUUGUGUAAUUGUAUCGAUUUUCAAUAAUGCAAAGAUUUAUUUCAUUAAGUAUAGACAAAUACAAAUACAUAGUUUAUAUAUUUUACGACUAAAAUUGUUACCACAAAGUUGAUUUAUUUUUCAAGUUUGGAGAUUGUACAGAUAAUGACUAAGCAAAACGUGCCUUACGAUGCAAGAAUGCGAGAGCAACCGAGAGCUUCAGCGCACUGUUCUCGAGGGCGGUAAAUGGCUCAAACGAUGAUGCGUAUUUCCAGGCGAAAUUUCGCCACUUGCGUUAUGGUAUCGUUUACUGCUAUUGCGAUAGUAAAAGAAUAGUUAAGGAGUCUUUGAAAGAAAAUAUUGAUUUCAUGCGCAGCGCAACAAAACGUUGGAGAGGAGGAAAAGAGAAGAAAGGAAAAGAGAAACAAGAAAUAUCGUUACCGAAACAAGAUA